CGCCACUGACCAAAGAUGGAAAGGGAAAUGUUUUCCAAACUGGCUUCAAAAAUGGGAAUAACGUCUGCAAAGAUUAUCAGCAGUCCAUAACAAAGCGCUUCUCUGCACCGCAGGCAGGCGGAGGAAUAUGUGCGCUUGUUCCACGUGAGAUGCUUCGCACUUGGGAGCAUCACCGCCACAGGCAAAGCGGUGAUGUGCCUCGAGUUGGCAGCAACAUCCAUGAAGCUACCUUUGGACAAAGAAUACAUAAUUAAAUUGUCUGGUAUGAAGAGAAAGCAGUAUCAGAGUAACCUCAAGACCAUGGAGUGCUUGUUGGGCCUUGAGUGUCAGCCUGGCCUGAGGGAGCUGGCGGUCCAGUAUGGCUGUACAGAUGCCACCCAACUAGCAGCACAAAUACUGGAGAGGUAUGGAAAGAGCCUGCCUGUUGCUCAGAAACAAGAUCUGGGUCUGUCUAAACCCCUCUUCACUACAGCUGCUCUCAUUUCUGCGUGCAAGUGCCUGAACAUCAGAGUUGACAAGAAACUUUCUGUAUUGUCUGGAGCCAAGAAGGCCAUCUUUGAGCGUCUGUGUGCCCAACUCCAGAUGCUUGGACAGAUUAUUUACAAAGAGAACACUUCACUUGCAGCGCAGCUCAAAACUAUCCACAAAAGACAGAAACAGGAAACAGAAUGUGAUGAAGAAGCAGACGAAGAAGAGAAUUUCCCUUCGUCUCCUAAGAAAGAGAAGGGGGAGGAAAAGAUAAUUGCACAGGACUACGAGGAGUGGAAGAGGAAAAUCUUGGAAAAAGCUUUGAAAUCUGAGAAUGCAUGUACCUGUUAGCACAUACAUAAGGGUGGGAUUUUAAAAGUGUGCACUAGUGAUCGCUGUCUCUUGAAUUCAGGAAGUUAACACAACAUUUUGUUCAUGAUGAUACUGAAUGUUUUAUUUGUUUGCCAUGGUAGAGCAUACUAGGUUAUCUCCUCACCCUCUGUAUCUGGGAAAGUAGAGAAGAGCUUCAGAGUGUUGAAGCCCAGGCCUGGCAAUAAACUCCAGCUGUUCCUUACUAGAGCUCUUCCUUCACAUUAUGUUCCUUACUAGAGUUCUUCCUUCACAUUAUGUUCCUUAUUAGAGCUCUUCCUUCACAUUAUGGGUUGUGAGUCAUGAUGGUUCUAGAGAUUAAAGUGGCUAGUUUUACCAGAUGAAAUUAUCCAGGCAAGAACGUUUGAGCAACUCAAAUAGAUUUACCCUCUACAUGAGGGAUAUUUCCCUUUCUCUUUCUUAUUUGGCUUACCUAACCACAGACAUACAAGGGAUUAUAAAUUUGUAAAUUUUUAAUGUCGUCAGUAAGCUGAUUUGAUUGUAGAUUUCCCUUAAUACAGUUUGCUGACGUCUUAAAUUUGUAUAAAACACCUUAAAACAACCCAUUAAUGCCAGGAAAUUGUGGUGUUUUGUCCAGACAAACUGCUAAAUGUAAUUACAUUAAUUUUGUAUUUGUCUACUGUUUGCUGUUAGAAAAGUAUCCCCCCCCCCUUCCGGCGCUUUAAGAAACGUUACCUGGAGAUAAAAAAAACCCUCUGAUAUUAAUCUCAAUAUUAAUUUCAUUACUUUAAUGGUUUAAAAUUUUCUCAUGAAUACACACAAAAUCUGGAUUAGGGAAGCUCCGCACUCAAAGAACAGUUUAAUUCUCGUGUUCAGUGUAUGCAAGUUAACAUGAUGUCUUAAUCUUGAACCAUCACAGCAAGCAGAAUAAAGGACUACUUUUAAGAUCCAAUAGGCAAAACCUCAGCAGAAGAAUUGCUUCCUGAUUUUAACUGCCAUAAAGUUCCCCAUCUUUAAGAUUGCUGGUUAUCUUGUGAUAUAUAUAUAUGUGUGUAUAUACACACACACACUUUUUUUCUGAUGAAAUGUAUCUAUUAGACCAUGUCACAACUUCCAUGAUAUUAAGUCAUUAAAUUUGUGUAGAAACACGUUAAGUCCUACUGCUUUAUAUGAUUGAUAUGCUUUUGUUUUGUUUAUGUUCUCAUUUGAUUUGAAACAUUUUUCCAAACUAAAGUUAGUACUCUCAAAUCAAUUAAAACGUGAAUUUUUGAUAAUUUUGCAAACAAAAUGAACAUUUUCAUUGUUUUCACAAGAACUGUCAAACAACAUAUACCAUUUUUCCAAAUACUGCACACAAAAAUAUGUAUACACCCAAGCCUGUUCCAUCAGGCAUCCUUCACGAAUGGACUGACAGGUGGUAAACCAAUGUCAUGCCCACACACGUGGGCAUGAGAUGAUGUGAUGGGCACAGUUGCAUUAAAUCAUAGGUUUAUAGGGUGGGGUUUUGACCAACAGGCCUGAAUUAUGCUAAUUAACUCAGAACAGAUAAAUUGGCUUCACGCCUCAAACCAGGGAGAGGGCUGAAAGCUGCCGGGAUAGCCCCGCUGUGUUCUCACUAAAGAGACGUUCCAUGUUUGUUUUUAGUCUUUUUAAAUUCUUUUUAAAUGGUUUCAGCUGGUAUUUUUACGUUUUUGUUUUAAUAAACAUUGUUGUGCCCCUGUUGACCAGCUGGGCCUGUGAGCCCAAAUUGUGGUGCGGUAGAUUUAUCAUUUUCCCUUCUGUUGUCUGUUAUUUAUGUUUUU